CACAAGUGACUAGAGAACCAUUCUCUUGGUCUUUUGAUAAGUUGUAAAAGUAUUUUGACACAAAAAUGAGCAAUAAGAGGAGAGUUACAGAGAUAGAAGGCACUGUAGUUUUGAGAAAAGCAGCAUUUCUGGAUGUUAAAGAUUUCACAGCUAACGCUGUAGAUAGGUUCUCCGAGUUCAUGGAGAGAAAGGUGUUAUUUCAAUUGGCCAGUAGUGAAAAAAUAGAUAAUGAAACAGGGUAUGGUAAAGUAAGCCCCCAUAAGGCUGAAUUGAGUUGGAACACCCCCUCUUCUGAAGCAAUUGUGACGGAUACAAUUCACGAAAUCACUUUCUAUUGGCCUCCUGAGUACGGUACUCCUGGAGCUAUUGUUGUGAAAAACAGGCAUGCUCGAGAGUUUUUUCUCAAGCAUGUUUCCAUUCGUGUCCCUGGUCAAGGGGUUAUUAAUUUUCUCUGCAAUUCUUGGGUUUAUCCUUCAUGGAUGGCUAGAGUCUGUUGCAACUUGCAAGCUGAACGAGUCUUCUUUGCAAAUAAUAGCUAUCUUCCGGAGGAAACGAGCAAAGGGCUUAGGAAGUGGAGGAGAGAAAAGCUAAGCAUAUUGAAGGGAGAUGGCACGGGCAAGAGGGAGAAAUGGGAUCGAAUUUAUGACUACGAUGUUUACAAUGAUCUGGGUGAUCCGGACAAUGACCAGAGGACAACUCUCGGCGGAUCUUUGGAUUUCCCAUAUCCUCGGAGAUGUAGAACCGGCCGAAAUCGCAUAAGAAUUAAUGGAAUGCUAGGUAGUAUCCUGCCAGAGUCCUUCUCCUCGGGCUUCUAUAUUCCGGCAGAUCAGAGGUUGCCUCAUGCUAGUCGUUCUGAUUUUCUGGCCCAUAGCUUGAAAGCUUUGGGUAGAAAGUACGUAACCGAUUCAAAAUUGCUUAAAGAAGACUUUGGCGAUUUGGAGGAGGUUAAGCGACUCUAUAGCAGGGGACUUUCAUCUACAACUGAUCGUACAAUUAGUUUAGUCAAAGAAGCUGUUCCCUUUCAGAUUGUGAAAAGGAUUUUGGAUACUGAGGACCAAGCGAUCCUAAGGUUUCCAAGACCUAAUAUAAUAAGCAGGGAUGACAAUGCGUGGAUGAAAGACGAAGAGUUUGCCCGUCAAACACUCUCAGGAGUCAAUCCCAUGAUGAUCGAACGUGUACGAAGAUUCCCCAUUUUUAGCAUUUUGAAUGCACAAAUUUAUGGUCCACAGAAGAGUUCCAUCAAUGCUCAACAUUUACAUCCAUACUUAGAUGGUUUCUCGGUGGAAGAGGCUAUUAAAUUAAAGAAGCUCUUUAUAUUAGACUACCAUGAUGCCUACAUUCCCUACGUAGAGCGCAUUAACAAUCUUCCCACAAGCAAAGUUUAUGCAACCCGCACCAUCUUCUUUCUCUCUGAUGGAACUCUGGACCCUAUUGCUAUAGAAUUGUGUUUGCCUUCCACAUCUAAGAGACCUUGUGAGAGGCGCGUCUUCACUCCUGAUUACGAUGGAGAAGAUGAGGGAUGGUUGUGGCAGUUGGCCAAAGCUCAUGUACCAUCCAAUGAUUCCCGUUAUCAGCAGAUUGUCAGCCAUUGGCUCAGAACGCAUGCAGUAGUAGAGCCAUUCAUCGUCGUCACUAAUAGAAAUAUGAGCAAACUGCAUCCCCUUCACAAGUUACUUGUCCCUCACUUUCGCAACACCAUGGAAAUCAAUCGUCUAGCUCGGGAAAAAUUGAUAAAUGCAGGGGGUAUCAUCGAGCAAUGUUUCAGCCCAGGUCAACAUGCAAUGGAGAUAUCUGCCAAAGCAUAUGUGGGGUGGAGAUUAAAUGAGCAAGGUCUACCAGCUGAUCUUCUUAAAAGAGGCAUGGCUGUUCCAGAUCCAACAAAUAAAGUGAAUGGGCUGAAGCUUGUGGGUGAAGACUACCCAUAUGCAGUUGAUUGGCUUGAAAUAUGGGAUGCCUUGAAAUCUUGGGUGUCUGAUUACAUAUCACUGUAUUAUUGCAGUGACCAAGCUGUAAAGGAUGAUGAAGAAGUUGAAGAAUGGUGGGAAGAGAUAAUAGAGGUUGGGCAUGAAGACAAGAAGGAUGACGAGGAAGGAUGGUACGAGAUGAACACACUCAGUGAUCUGAAGGAGGGCAUUACCACCAUCAUCUGGGUUGCCUCUGCUCACCAUGCUGCUGUGAAUUUUGGACAGUGGUACGCUGGAUUCAUGCCCAAUAAUCCCAGUCUUACUCGAAAGCUUGUUCCCCGCAAAGGAACGAGAGAAUAUUCCCAAUUCCUGGAUGACCCAGAAGCAUGUUUUCUCAAAACUCUUGCAGACCCUGUGACAACCACCUCUAUCAUGGCUGUAUUGCAAAUUUUAUCUAAGCAUUCUACAGAUGAGGUUUACCUAUGUCAGGGUUCUGCUUCAGAAUGGGUUGAUGAUCCUCGAGUUGAAAAAGCUUUUCAGCAAUUUCAGCGGAAGCUGUUGGAGAUCGAGAGGAAGAUUAAGGCCAGAAAUGAGAACCCAAGAUUGAAAAACCGAUGUGGCGCUGCAAAGCUUCCUUACACACUAUUAUUUCCCAACACUUCAGAUGACAGCAAUAUCGGUGGGCUCACCUUCAGAGGAAUUCCAAAUAGCAUUUCCAUUUGAGCGAGGAUAAAUAAGUUAUAUAUUGUUUCUUAGCGUGGUCUUGUUUUACAUAUUGUCGUAUAUGUUAAUUAUCUAAGUCAAAAACUAUUGUUGUUUCAAGUUGUUAUGCUGCUAUAGUUGUUUUAUUUUGUACAGGCUAUGCCUGUGCCUGCUGUAGAAACAUCUACAGCAAUGAUGUAUUGAAAUUUUUACUGUUGUUGUUGUAGCUGUUUUUACAGCAGUGAUAAUUUGAG